AUGGCGGACUUUUGCAGCUCCUGUGGCGAAAAUUUGGGCCGGUAUUCCACGCUAAAUUAUUGCCCCAAAUGUGGCACGAUAUUGGAAGCAGAGAGGGACAAGCGAAAAUACAUUUCAGUUGCGCUAAUAAUGGAAGUACGCCUUCAGAGAGUUGUUCCAUCGUUCCGCUCAAGUAAACUUUUGCAGGCUCCAAAGGGACAUUAUGUGGAAUUGAAUUUCAGCUUGGAGACUUCACAUGGAACACCAUGCAUUGAUGAUAUGUAUCUUGAGGUUCGUGAUGGAUACAGCAAGUCUGCCAAUCUUCUUGGUGUAUUUUGCGGAGGGAAAAUGUCUGGUAUUGUUCGAUCCAGUGGACAGAACUUGUGGAUCAGAAAAUCAGAUCAUUUCGAUGAUUUUGGCAGGUUUCGGGGCUUGUACACCAACAAAACACUCAACUUUACAGUUGAACCAAACCUAGACAAGGUGGCCAAAACUCAAUUUGUUCUUUUCAACCAAACUUCAUCUCUUUGGUGUCCAGCGCAGGGUGCACCAGCACCAUUUAUAGUUUGGAGAAAGAACGGCAGCAUGGUACAGAACAGUACAAGUAUCAAAUAUCAAUUGACCAUUACUGAAGAAAACGAUGACAAGUACAGCUGUGAAGUGAAGAAACAGGACGAUCUUGACAAAGAAGAAAUCCGUCUUGUCAUUGAAAGGUGCCCAGAUCCCUGCCGAUGUACAAUUGCAGUUGGAAUCAUUGGCGCAGCUACUCGCAUUGAAUGUGGUGGAAAACACUUACAGUCAGUACCACGGCACUUGCCCUUUUCUACAACGAAAUUAAACUUGCGUGGAAACCAGAUAAAGAGGAUAUCAGCUGAAGUCUUCAAAAACAACUCCGAGUUGGCCUUCUUGAGCUUAAGAUGGAACCAGAUAGAGGAGCUAGCAGCGGGAGUUUUCAGUAACAACAAGAUGUUGCUCAACUUACAACUUAACGAUAACGACAUAGAAGAGUUACAGGAGGGUUUGUUUGAUGGUUUAAGAGCAUUGACACACCUGGAUCUGUCUAAAAAUACGGUUGAGAAUCUGCCACAAGACGUCUUUAGCAACCAAACAAAUCUCGAAAAGCUGUUUUUAUCCAAAAACCAAAUUGGAGAAUUACCAUCAACGAUAUUUGUUAACCUGACCAAGCUUAAGACAUUAAAAAUAGAGAAAAAUAAUUUAAUAAAGCUCCAUCCAAAACAAUUUCGCGGACUGACACAGCUGUCUGAGCUCUAUCUGUCGGGAAACAAACUCAGAAAUUUGCCAGAAGGAAUUUUCAAAGGCCUAAAGGAGCUUGAGAUUCUAGAACUCUUUGACAACGAAUUGAGGAAAGUCUCUAUCGACAACUUCAACGAAAUCAGGCAGUUAAAAAUUCUAUAUUUGCAUUAUAACUACAUGAGGGAGAUUCCCUACGGAUUUUUUAAAGAGUUGAAGGAUAUAUUACGAGUGAGUUUGGACACAAAUCUGAUGUGUUGUCAUAUGCACAAGGAGGACGCUGAAUGUGCUUUCAUUGAUAACGACGACUUUGCCAACUGUGAGAGCAUGUUUAAGAAUUCUGCCCCGAGAAAGAGUAUCUGGGCGAUAGGAAUCUUUUCUCUGGUUGGUGCAGUGUUUGUUAUCACGUGGCGAGUAAUCUUUAAAGAAAAGAACGUGGUACAGUCUAUCAUGUUGCUCCACUUAGCAGUGUCCGAUGGUUUGAUGGGUAUUUACCUGGUCUCUAUUGGCACUAAAGAUCUGUUGUGGAGAGGAGAGUAUUACUUGCAUGACUUCCAGUGGAGGUCUGGUUUGUCUUGUCAAAUAAUUGGAGCGAUCUCCCUCUUGUCAAGUGAGGUGUCGGUUAUGAUGAUGACUCUGAUAUCUGCUGAUCGGCUUAAAAAUAUUGUGUUUCCUUAUCAGGGUGCUUCUCUGAAACCAAAGGCAACACAUAUCCUAUGCAUCAUCAUAUGGGCAAUUGGCUUCCUUAUGGCCUUUUUGCCCAUGUUUGGUAUUCAGUAUUUUGAAGACCCUUUCAGGUACCAUAGUUAUUAUGGUAGAAGUGUGGUAUGUCUGCCCUUGCAGCUUACUUCUGAUAAGCCGGCAGGUUGGGAGUAUUCUGUCGCUAUCUUUCUCGCUUUGAAUUUUGCUUUUUUCUUGUUCAUCAUGGGUGCUUAUCUCAUGAUACUAGUCAAGUCUUACUUGUCUAGCCGGCGACUGGCCCGUCAGGGUACUGAAAGAGAGAUCCAGGCCAGAAGAGCAAACUUUAGGAGGGAAACGGCUCUUGCCAGGCGGGUGUUUUUCAUCAUCCUGAGUGAUUGUGUGUGCUGGAUGCCGGUGAUAGUGAUUGGUAUGAGGACCAUCAUCGAGAAGUCUUACAAAGCGCAAGGAGACUUCGCUGUCUGGAUUGCUGUGUUUGUCCUUCCGAUCAACUCGGCCUUGAAUCCUAUCCUGUACACCUUUUCAACAGAACAGGUCAGAGGCAUUCUGAAGAACAAAAUGGAAAAAGUUUGGAACUACUUGAAGACCGUUUUCACCUGCUGUGGUCGUGAUCAGGAAGGAGAUGGGGAGCAACCGAACCAACAGGGAAUAGAAGACAACGAACAACAAGGCGGCGAGGGAGGCCAAGGAGAGGGAGAGCAAGUGAACCAGCACGGAAUGGAAGACAAUGAAGAACAUGGCGGCGAUGGAGGAGAAAUUGAGGGUGAAGAAAUUGAACUGGCAAGUGUUGGUGUGAAUCAUCCACAACAAGGCCAAGGAGAUGGAGAACAACUGAACCAACAGGGCAUGGAAGACAUUGAACAACAUGGCGGCUUGGGAGGGGAAGUCGAGGGUGUAGUUAUCGAAGUGGCAAAUGUUGAUGUGCGUCAUUCACAACAGGGAGGACUUGAUGAAGCCGAAAGAAUCGAGCCGGAACCUAUUGCGUAUGCUGAUCCAAAUCAAGUUGCGCUUAUAGCGGAAGUACGCCUUCAGAGAGUUGUUCCAUCGUUCCGCUCAAGUAACCUUUUGCAGGCUCCAAAGGGACAUUAUGUGGAAUUGAAUUUCAGCUUGGGGACUUCACAUGCAACACCAUGCAUUGAUAAUAUGUAUCUUGAGGUUCGUGAUGGAUACAAGAAGUCUGCCAAUCUUCUUGGUGUAUUUUGUGGAGGGAACAUUUCUGUUAUUGUUCGAUCCAGUGGACAGAACUUGUGGGUCAGAAAAUCAGAUCUUUUCGAUGAUUUUGGCUGGUUUCGGGGCUCUUACACCAACAAAACACUCAACUUUACAGUUGAACCCAACCUAGACAAGGUGGCCAAAAUUCAAUUUGUUCUUUUUAACCAAACUUCAUCUCUUUGGUGUCCAGCGCAGGGUGCACCAGCACCAUUUAUAGUUUGGAGAAAGAACGGCAUCAUGGUACAGAACAGUACAAGUAUCAAAUAUCAAUUGACCAUUACUGAAGAAAACAACGACAAGUACAGCUGUGAAGUGAAGAAACACGAUGAUCUUGACAAGGAAGAAAUCCGUCUUGUCAUUGAAAGGUGCCCAGAUCCCUGCCGAUGUACAAUUGCAGUUGGAAUCAUAGGCACAGCUACUCGCAUUGAGUGUCGAGGAAAACACUUACAGUCAGUUCCACGGCACUUGCCCUUUUCUACAGCGAAAUUAAACUUGCGUGGAAACCAGAUAAAGAGGAUAUCAGCUGAAGUCUUCAAAAACAACUCCGAGUUGGCCUUCUUGUAA